AUGGCCUCAUCAUCACAUUGGUAACUUUUUCGCCGACAAAUUUGUUACUGUUUCCUACUUUCCAAUAGCUUAUUUAACUAUGGCAUUGAAAACAGUUUUAAUAAUUUUUGUAUCUCUUGUGGCUUUGCUUGAAUUUACCCAAGCUAAGUACUUGAAUUUACCCAGGGGUGUAAAUGAAAAUUGCAGCGAUGUAGCAUCAACAUUAACUGGAGGUCUUGUACCUGCAGGUCUUGUACCUGUUACGCUUUGCAAAGACAGUUUGGAGUGUAUCAAUGGCACAUGCAUAGAUAUAAACAUAGACUUAGACAUAGACUUAGACAUAGACAUAGGAAUAGACUCGGAUGCAAACACAGCCACAGGCACACGCACACGCAAUGGCAAAGGCACGGGUGUCAACCAAAACUGCACCGAUGUUGCAUCAACAUUAGAUCUACCUACUACGCUUUGCAACCAGGGCUUUGUUUGUAUCAAUGGCACAUGCACAGAAAAAACAAGCUCAGAGGAAAAUUCAAGCUCAGAGGAAAGCAAAGGCAAAGGCAAAGGCAACGGCACAGACACGGGUACAGGCAAAAAAGAUGGCAAAGACUAUAUUUAUACACUGUAAACACAGUGAAAUAGAUUUAUCCUAAAUUUUACAUGACCACUUACUACACUUGCUUAUAUAUUUACUAUUUAGGUAGGUACUGUUUAAGUCAUGCAAUAUUUUGUGAAAUAAACGAAAAAUUUGUG